AUGAGCCUAUUUAAUGCCAAAGAUGAUAUCGAGGCCGGCGAGAAAUCAAUCGACAACAGCACCGACCAUACUCCUGAUGAUCAAGGAGCAGUCGCCGUCGACACUCUUGCACUUGGAGACUCUUGGUAUGCAAAAACGCAGCGACUUGCCGGCAAGUUUGGCGUGGAACAGCGAGGGAUUGAAAGAGUGCCCAGCCAUGAGCGCUCCAACGCCCCAGUCAGUCAAGUCGGCACCAUGUGGCUCUCAGCAAACAUGGUCGUCUCGUCCUUCGCCAUUGGAGCGCUGGCGUAUCCUGUUUUCCAUCUCGGCUUCAUCGACACCAUUCUGAUCAUCCUCUUCGUCAACCUUCUCGGUAUAACUCCUGUCGCUUUCUUCAGCACUUUCGGACCUCGCUUUGGUCUGAGACAGAUGGUUCUGUCCCGUUAUUUCUUCGGGUUCUAUGGCGUCAAAAUCGUCGCGGUUCUCAACGUACUCGCCUGUGUCGGCUGGUCAGCCGUCAAUGUCAUUGUCGGAGCUCAACUACUCCACGCCGUGAAUCCCUCCAUGCCUGGAUGGGCGGGAAUCAUCGUCAUCGCCGCUGCCACCUUCCUAGUGACCCUGUUCGGCUACAAGAUCGUCCACACGUACGAGAGAUACUCGUGGAUCCCCUGCUUUAUCAUCUUCAUGAUUGUGCUCGGCGAGUUCGCCCACUCGGGCCGCUUCGAGAACAUCCCCAUGGGCGUCGGGCUUGCCGAAGCUGGAUCGGCUCUCUCUUUCGCCGCUUCGGUCUUUGGUUUUGCCACUGGCUGGACCUCCUACGCCGCCGAUUACACCGUGUACCAACCGGUGGAUCGUCGCCGCACGUCGAUCUUCUGCUGGACGUACGUCGGUCUCGCUUUCCCGCUCCUCUUUACGGAGAUGCUCGGCGCGGCCGUUGCCACCGCCAUGGCGGCCAACGACGGGGACAACAUCUACAUGGAAGGCUACCACGCAUCGCACAUCGGCGGUCUCCUCGCGGCCGUCCUCGUCCCGCCCCUGGGCACAUUCGGCCAGUUCUGCCUCGUCGUCCUCGCGCUCUCCAUCAUCGCCAACAACUGCCCAAACAUCUACUCCGUCGGCCUCACCCUCCAGCUCCUGGCCAAGCGCUCCCAGCGCGUCCCCCGCUUCGCCUGGACCUUCCUCGGGACCCUGGUCUACUGCGCCGUCGCCAUCCCCGGAUACGGACACUUCGAGAACGUCCUCGAGAACUUCAUGCUGCUGAUCGCCUACUGGCUCGCCAUCUACGAGGGCAUCUCCAUCCCCGAGCACGUCCUCUUCAGGCGCGGCUUCGCCGGCUACGACCCUGCCGUCUACACGGAUGCCACGCGACUCCCUCCUGGCCUCGCCGCUGUCGUCGCCUUCUCGUUCGGCGCCAUGGGAGCCGUUCUCGGCAUGGCGCAGGUGUGGUUCGUCGGGCCCGUGGGAAAGCUCUGCGGGACCGGCUCCGGUGGAGACGUGGGCUUCGAGUUGGCCUUUGCUUUCGCUGCCCUUACCUACAUCCCAUUGAGAUUCUGGGAGCGCAAGCAGUUUGGACGAUGA